AUGGUCGCAAUCGUGGAUGUCCGCAUGUCUCUGGGCGCGGUGUUCAUCGGUUGUAUAAUCGCCAUAGCUCUUUCUGGUGUGAUGGCGGCGCAGACGUUCCUUUUCUACUUUCGCAUGUUCCCCGAGGACCCUAUGCGCAUCAAAGUUAUGAAUCCGUAUAUCGAGGUAGUUUCUCCGGGAAUACGCAGGCUUCUUGACUUUGUCCACGCCUGCCUCAUGUGCUCAGCGACAUGGAACUACCUCAUACUCAACUUUGGGGAUCCUGCCAUCUUGGACCAUAUCCCAGGGACUCUCGCCUCUACGGUCGCACUGACGGCGGCCGUGAGCUUCAUUGUACACUUGUUUUUCUCGCAUCGGGUCUUGCGGCUGAGCAAGAACAACUGGUAUAUCACCGCGCCGCUGGUUCUUUUGGCAUUCAUGCGGCUAGCUUCUGCAAUCGGUAUGCUUUCCCGAUUCCUCGACCAAUGGAGCUCGAUCUUCACCCUCGGCCUCUGCCUUUCGUCCGUCCUCGACGUCCUCAUCGCGUUCUCCCUGUGCUUCUUUCUCCAAAUUAGCCGCACCGGGUUCGGGAGCAUGGACCAUGUCAUCGACAUGAUCAUGCUCUACACGUUCAACAACGGAGCGCUCACAUGGUGGUCGUUCAAGCGUGUCCCAUUCCUAGCGAUGCGGCAUAACCUCGUCUGGCUCGCGCUCUACUUCGCCAUCAGCAAACUAUACGCAAAUUCGCUCCUUGCCUCCACCAUCCGGCAGACGGCUAGCGCGCUCGAUUCGCCGCUCAGAGACGAUACGGGCACCAAGGUCCACAUCAGUGUGGAGAAGGCCAUUCAGUUUGACGUGGAACCUCACGAGCGACGGGAGGCUGGGCAGCCCUCGGAGCACGAAUUAGAUGUGGUCUAA